AUGGUUAACUUGAGCCAUUUUGCCGUUCAAGUUAACUGUAAUACAGGAUGUUAUUUUGAUUUCGAUCAUGGAAAUGGUGCAAAGGAUUACAAUCUGGAAUGUAACAAUAUAAAAAAUUCAUGGAUAACAACAGGGGAUGAUCAAAAAGGUAACAACAAUGGUGAAAGUAAAGGAUUUGCACUCGAGGAAGAUGUCGGCGGUUGUAUAAAAACAUCAUCACCGGUAGUUUUAAAUUCAUCAACCACCGUACGUGUAACAUUUAAAAAAACAAACAUGAAUGAAAAUGAUGUUUUAUUUACUGUGACAUUGGUACCCCAACAAGAAGGAGGAGAUUCAUGUUCAUCACCCGAAGAGUGCAAAUGGAUUGUUAAAAAAGAUGAUAAAAUGAUGGCCGACGAAUGGAACACGAUUCAAUUGGAUGUUGGUAAAAGCAAAGGAAAAUUCGAAUUGAAAUCGAUCAACGUGCCGGAUGUAGAAGGAAACAAAUGCAAGAAAAUUGAUUCCCUCAUUAACGAUUCGAUAAUACCGGCUAAAUUAGUUCAAGAAGUUGAAGGUGAAACAUCACCGGCUUCAAGUACAGAAGGAGGUGGCGAUUCCGGUAGUAAAUCAACAACACCAGGCGCGGCUCCAGGACUUAUGAAAAUCAACUUCGUUUAA